GGGGCCUAGGUCACAGGUGCAGCCUGUGCCUCCUGUCUCCUGCAGGUGCCUGAAGAAGCUCCCUAGGGAGGGCAGCUCCCAUCACCUUCCACGCCAAGACCACCUGGGGCCAGUGUACAAACGAGCACCUGCUAGGAACCACCGGCCACGUGGAGGGGCAUGGGAAAGCUUCUCCCACCAGCUUCCAUGUGUCCCCACGGGCUCCCCCGGCUCCUCUGGCCUCCAUGCCGUCAUCAGUCCUGAAGACCUCCGUAGGAUCCUUUGAGUAUCUGUCAUCCCUGAGCUCCUCCAAGCCACCAGAGCCUUUGUGUCCCCUGAAGCACCCUUCACACCAGCCACCUGCGAGCACCCUAUCACCAAACCCAACCACCCCCAUAGGAUCCUUGGGGUCUCUGUCAUCCCUGAGCUCCUCCCAGCGACCAGAGCCUUUGCAUCCCAUGGAGUGUCCUUCAUACAAGCCACGUGGGCAUUCCCCUCCCCGACGACGGAAUCCUGGCUGGGUGUCGUGGACCGACUCCACACAGGCUGAUUCCAAAACUGACACGGCAAUAUGCCGAAUGUGCAACACCCCUGAGCGCUCCUGUCUACACAGUUGGUGGGUACCUUCUAGCCCUCGAGUGAUCCGAGGCGUUGGUCGCUGCAGUGAUCCCGACCUGGGCCUCUCCUGGAGGCAGGAGGCUGCUAGAGCCUGGUGCCACGGCACCUCCACACGGUACCCAUUCAAGCACCCUAAUCUUCCCACACACCCACUAAAGGCUUCCUUCUAGGGAGACCCCACAUGCAGGCAGGUGGAGGCAGGGGUCCCACUUUCCUCAGCUUGGACGUGCCAACGCUGCUGGACGCACAAGACACCAAAAUCCCGGACACUCCCAUGGACACCACACAUCCCACAUCCAUAAACAAUUGGGAAUCUCCUGAAGACAACUUGGAGGCAUGUCCCCUCAUCUGAGCACCCCACAGAUACUGGAAACAUGUGUUCUAAUGGAUUGGGAGAGGCGGAGAUGGGUUCCAAACCUCCAGUCCCUGGAGCCCAUAAAUCUCCUUGGGAGGCUUGGUCCCCACAGAGACCUUUUCUACAGUGCUGCACACAGAGACCUGCCACUGCAAUGCAAAGACCUCCCACAGAGACCUCAUUUCUAUUCUUCCUUCCUAGAAGAUCUGAACUCACUUAGAAAACUGCCAGCACAGGAGGGAUAACAUCAGCUGUGUCCCCCACUGGACAACCCAGGACUUUGGGUCAUUGUCAACAUUGCCCCCAAAAUGGGCUGUCUGGUAGGGAAGAUGCUCAGGAAUUGUUGCUCUUUUGCAAUGCCAUUCUCUCCUAACAGAACUGCAGAUUCCAUGUGUAGACCUGCAAACUUCUGUUCUCUACAGUUCCCUGACCCAUAGUUUAGAGAAUCACAAUUUUUUUUUUUUUUUUUU